ACCCGGCGAUACGAUGAGUGGCUGUACAAGACGGUGCAAGACGAUAUCUGCGCAGGACCACAUUGGGGGCUUGCAAGCGAAGUCACGGACCAAAGUCAUUUGAUUCUGGCAAUAGGGUGAGUGGUGGGUGAUAUUCAUGAUCUCCAUUUACAUUCAUCACUAUCACGAUUGCGAUAUUUGCAUUUCUCCAAUUUGCGGCUGUCCGGUCGCGUGCUGGUGCUUCCAUCCAUUCAGAGGUUUCAAAAUUGUGAUUGCCAGCGGUGCGAUGGCUUGCAUGAAGCGCAUGCGGUGCGCCAUCGUCAGAGAGAUGGCCAUACAUACUCACACUACACUAUACGGCCUCACCCAAGUAAGAUUCACUCACAUCAGAUCUUCUGCUCAGAAACAGUCUUUAGCACUUGCACUUGCACGGUUGAUUUGGACACGCAACGACAAAAGCGACUGGAGCCCCGCGGAGAUUGAAUUAGCUGCAUGCACUUAUAUAGACCCUGCGCAAUUCGUCGCAUUAAUGCUCCUUCUGCGUUGCACUUGUGGACUUCUUGGCUCGCAGAAGCUUUUGUAUGUACGGUAUCCGGGUUUUGCUGUAGCGCGAUGCGGGGACCCAUCGCGGUCGCGAGUCGCAAGAUCUAAGCACGAACCAUCACGUAUCGCUGUACGGAUGGAUGGAGUCACAAGUCACGAGUCACUAGUAGUCUUCUAGCGGCCGGAGUGGGCAGUUUGCGUACAGGAAGGACACCAAAAGCGAGACAGGGGCCGAGCAGUG